AUGGCUCCCAAGAUCGCUAUCGUUUACUAUUCUAUGUACGGCCACAUCAAGCAACUGGCAGAAGCUGAGAAGGCUGGUAUCGAGAAGGCGGGUGGCUCUGCCGACCUCUUCCAGGUGCCCGAGACUCUGCCUGAUGACGUUCUUGCUAAGAUGUACGCCCCCCCGAAAGCCUCCGACGUCCCUGUUCUGGAGGAUCCCUCGGUCCUUGAGGGCUAUGAUGCCUUCCUCCUUGGUAUACCCACCCGUUACGGAAAUUUCCCUGCCCAGUGGAAAGCCUUCUGGGACAAGACUGGCAAGCAAUGGAGCUCUGGUAGUUUCUGGGGCAAAGUUGCUGGUAUCUUCGUUUCUACUGCCUCCCAGGGUGGUGGCCAGGAAACUACUGCCCAGAACGCUAUCUCGACUCUUGUUCAUCACGGCAUCAUCUAUGUUCCUUUUGGUUACGCCAAGGCAUUCGGCCAGCUCGUUGACCUCUCCGAGGUUCGUGGUGGCAGUGCCUGGGGUGCAGGCACCUUUGCAGGUGGCGACGGUUCCCGCCAACCAUCGGCUAAGGAGCUCGAACUAGCCAACAUUCAAGGGGAGAGUUUCUACCAGAUAGUUGCCAAGUUUGCUGGUUGA